AUGCCCCCCCACACACCGCCCGUCCUCCCGCCCGCUCUCCUCUUGCUUCGCGAAGAUCUCGGCUACGUACCGUACGACAGGGCGGCCGUGCGGAGCGCCACGGACUCGGGCGGUGGUGACACCAGUAGCGGUACAGGUGGUUGGACUGACGGCAGUCCCGCCGGCAGCUCCAUCUCCGGCGGCGGCGGCGGCGGCGGCGGCGGCGGCGGCGUCUACGGGUUGUCGUCCGCCGGGGGGGCGGCGGGGGCGACGGUAGGGAAGAGGAAAGGGUUCGGCCGCUUCAAGGUGUUCGGCGCGAUGAAGAGCCUCUUGCGCCCCCAAGCAGAUGUGGAGCGCGCUAAGAACGGCGGCGGCAACUCUUCCACCGAGCGAGGCACCCCGACCCCUCCUUUCGCCAUCAGCCCGGCCCCCUCGUUCUCCCCUACAAACCCCGGUGGGGUAAGGGUCGUUGCCAGCGGCGGAGGCGGAGGCGGAGGCGGAGGCGGCCGCGGCGGCGGCGGCGGCGGGGAGGGGCGAACGGCGGCCCAAGAAGCGGCCCUAGCGGCGCUUCUUUCGGGAGAACACGAGGGGCUGUUCCGUGAAGAGAAGGUGGAGGGCGACUACCAGGGUGACGGCGAGGAGAAGAGCUGCCGGCCGAGCUGGCUGGAGGGGCGGAGAGAGGAGGAUAAGAAGGGCGAGGAGGAGAAAAGCUGCCGGCCGAACUGGCUGGAGGGGCGGGGGCAGGAGGAUACCAGGUGGUUGGGGGGGGGGCGGGAGUGCAAGCAGCCGGGUGAAGGCGUGGAAGAAUCGAAGUCUUCUUUUUUCCUUCUCCCUCGAGCCCCGGGGGGGAGCACCGCAGAGCGGACGGUACCCCCCCCUGUAAGCACUAACCGCAUCCGCCCUCGCCAGCUUCCUUCCACCGAGGAGGGCCAAGCUCCGUCGCCGUUGCUGGCGGGGGGUAGCGGUAGCCGCGAUGCUGAAGCGAUGGCGGCGGCGAUGGCGGCGGCAAUGGAGGCGGCGGCGACGGAAGGAGCCCCGGCUACGUCAGCGGCAAGGCAGCGAGGGAAGGGGUGGCGGACGAAGAUCAAGCGCCGAAGCCGAAGACGAGAUCAAGAACCUGAGGGAGACUUCGCUGCUGCGGGGACCGAAGCCGGAGCCGCGGAGUCUCAAGGCCCCUCGCCGAUUCUAAGCCCCGCCGCCGCCGGGGGUGGCGAGGCUGCGGCGGAAGCAGCAGCACCGGCGGGGUUAACGGCGCUUGGCCUUUCCCCCGGCACGGCGGAGAGAGGAGGCAAGAGGUCGUUGCGGGGCGAGGGUUCCGGGGCCUCGGAGGAAGAGGCAGCAGUGGCGCGCUUGACGGAGAUGUCGCGGGCGGCGCAACCGGUGCGCGAGCUCACUCCGCACUUGGUUGAGGAGUUGGACGGGGGCGGCGGCGGUUUCACUCUCACGGUGUUCAAGUACAACAAGCAGGACCAAGUGCCUACCCCCCUGGUGUGCGGGAAGUUCGCUACGUCUUACGAGGCCGACAGAGCCGCGGAGGCUUUUUCCUCUCCCGUGUGGCACGAGCCCACCCCGAACUCCACAUGCGCCGAGUGCCAGUCGGUGUUUCGCCCCGUCCUUCAGCGUCGAAGGCACCACUGCCGCAACUGCGGCCGCCUCGUGUGCACGACCUGCGCGUUGCGCUUCUGGCCCAAGCACAUGCUCCCGCACUCAUACAGGACAAGCAGCACGGAGAGGAGAGUGCGAGUGUGCCGCACGUGCUACUCGGUCGGCAAGGCCUUCCGUCGAGCGCUUUUGCGAGGGUCUUACCAGGGAGCGAUGGAGGCCCACGGCACCGGCUGCGUCAACCUGCGGGCUCCGUUCAGCGACAGGGAGCUACCGGUACACUGCGCCGCCGCUGGAGGCAACGUGAGCCUGAUGAUGUGGCUCCUGGAGGAUCGCUGCUGCCCGAUAUUCAUGGACGAUGAGAAGACUAUGCCCCAUCUGGAUGGGGCGGGAAGGAGCGUGAUGGCCGCAGCCGCUGACAGCGGCCGGGUGGAGAUGAUGCGCUACCUUACCUUCACCCAGCCGUCAGCUGCGUCGGGCAUGGGCAUGGCUCCGUUCUGGCGCGGGCUGCAGGCAUGCCUUAGGAACGACGAAGACAAGCAUGAUGACGACCGCGGCCGCGGCCGCGACAGGGCUCCCCUUGAGGGAACGUCCCAUCCCGAACCGAAGGGACGGGGUGGCAGCCGAGACGCAGGCGGCGGCGAUGACGGCGGGAAGAGCUGCUACCCCGUAGGCAGCAGCGCCGACCGCAACCCGGCCUGGCGCAGCAACGCCCCCGGCUCCGCCGUAGGCGGCGGCAACGGUAGCGGCGGCGUCGAAGGAUGUGACACUUUUUUAGCCGGGAUGAGGGCGGGAGCCGGCGGCGGCGGAGGCGGCAGUGGCACCGGCGACCGUGACCCCCUCCAAGCGGCGCUUGAGAUGUCCGUCGUCGAAGCCGGCUACUCGAUCUACGAGUUGACGACCGGGAAGGACGGCAGUGGCGGGGACGACGGCGGCGGCGGUGGCGGCAUGAAAGGGAAAAACGCCUGCAUCGUGUGCUUCGACCGGCCGGUCAACUGCACCUUCGUGCCCUGCGGCCACCACUGCUGCUGCAUGCCCUGCGCGGAGUCAAAGUUAAACCUGUGCCCCGUCUGUGGCGUCGCCAUCGACAAGAAGAUCAAGACCAUCAGUGCCUAG